CUGGCAGGAGCCGCACCUCGGACAGCAGCAGCGGCGGCGGCCGCGGGAGGGUCCUUGUGGCGCCGGGCGGCGGGGUCCUGCGUGGAGAGUGGGACGCAACGCCGAGACCGCGAGCAGAGGCUGCGCACAGCCGGAUCCGGCACUCAGCGACCGGACCCAAGGAUCCGCCGGGGAACAAGCCACAGGAGAGCGACUCAGGAACAAGUGUGGGAGAGGAAGCGGCGGCGGCGGCGCCGGGCCCGGGGGUGGUGACAGCAGGUCUGAGGUUGCAUCAUAAAUACAAAGGACUGAAGUUAUAAAAGAGAAAAGAGAAGAUUGCUGCUAAAAUGAAUCUGAGCAAUAUGGAAUAUUUUGUGCCACACACAAAAAGCAUCUGGCACAAUGUUUUUGUUUGGUUUGGUUUGGUGUUGUAAAGAGAGAGGAUCUUGCUAUGUUUGCCAGGCUGGUCUCAAACUCCUGGUCUCAAGUCAUCCUCUCACCUUGGCCUCCCAAAGCAUUAGGAUUACAGACAUGAGACAUCACACCCAGCCCCAGCACAAUGUUGAAUAUACUGAAGAUUUACCCCCCAAAAAAAACUGUCAAUGAGAAAUAAAGCUAACUGUGAUAUCAAAAAGCAGAGCCUGCUCUACUGGCCAUCAUGCGUAAAGGGGUGCUGAAGGACCCAGAGAUUGCCGAUCUAUUCUACAAAGAUGAUCCUGAGGAACUUUUUAUUGGUUUGCAUGAAAUUGGACAUGGAAGUUUUGGAGCAGUUUAUUUUGCUACAAAUGCUCACACCAAUGAGGUGGUGGCAAUUAAGAAGAUGUCCUAUAGUGGGAAGCAGACCCAUGAGGCUGGAUGAGGUGGCUUAGGCCUGUAAUCCCAGCACUUUGGGAAGCCAAGGCUGGAGGAUCGCUUGAGCCCAGGAGCUCAAGACAAGCCUGGGCAAUAUGGUGAGACCCCACCUCUACAAAACAUCAAACAAACUAGCUGGGUGUGGUGGUGUGUGCCUGUAGUCCAGCCACUCGGGAGGCUGAAGUGGGAAGAUUGCUUGAGCCUGGGAUGUGGAGGCUUCAGUGAGCUGUGACUGCAACACUGUACUCUAGCCUGGGUGCCUGAAAAGGAAAAAAACUAUUUUGCAGACCAGAACAUGGAAAUGGCAAGAUAUUCUUAAGGAAGUUAAAUUUUUACGACAAUUGAAGCAUCCUAAUACUAUUGAGUACAAAGGCUGUUACUUGAAAGAACACACUGCUUGGUUGGUGAUGGAAUAUUGCUUAGGCUCAGCCUCUGAUUUAUUAGAAGUUCAUAAAAAACCACUUCAGGAAGUGGAGAUCGCUGCCAUUACUCAUGGAGCCUUGCAUGGACUAGCCUACCUACAUUCUCAUGCAUUGAUUCAUAGGGAUAUUAAAGCAGGAAAUAUUCUUCUAACAGAGCCAGGUCAGGUAAAACUAGCUGAUUUUGGAUCUGCCUCAAUGGCUUCUCCUGCCAACUCCUUCGUGGGCACACCUUACUGGAUGGCUCCAGAGGUGAUCUUAGCUAUGGAUGAAGGACAGUAUGAUGGGAAAGUUGAUAUUUGGUCACUUGGCAUCACUUGUAUUGAAUUGGCGGAACGGAAGCCCCCCCUUUUCAACAUGAAUGCAAUGAGUGCCUUAUAUCACAUUGCCCAGAAUGACUCCCCAACGUUACAGUCUAAUGAAUGGACAGACUCCUUUAGGAGAUUUGUUGAUUACUGCUUGCAGAAAAUACCUCAGGAAAGGCCAACAUCAGCAGAACUAUUAAGGCAUGACUUUGUUCGACGAGACCGGCCACUACGUGUCCUCAUUGACCUCAUACAGAGGACAAAAGAUGCAGUUCGUGAGCUAGAUAACCUACAGUACCGAAAAAUGAAAAAAAUACUUUUCCAAGAGACACGGAAUGGACCCUUGAAUGAGUCACAGGAGGAUGAGGAAGACAGUGAACAUGGAACCAGCCUGAACAGGGAAAUGGACAGCCUGGGCAGCAACCAUUCCAUUCCAAGCAUGUCCGUGAGCACAGGCAGCCAGAGCAGCAGUGUGAACAGCAUGCAGGAAGUCAUGGACGAGAGCAGUUCCGAACUUGUCAUGAUGCACGAUGACGAAAGCACAAUCAAUUCCAGCUCCUCCGUCGUGCAUAAGAAAGAUCAUGUAUUCAUAAGGGAUGAGGCGGGCCACGGCGAUCCCAGGCCUGAGCCGCGGCCUACCCAGUCAGUUCAGAGCCAGGCCCUCCACUACCGGAACAGAGAGCGCUUUGCCACGAUCAAAUCAGCAUCUUUGGUUACACGACAGAUCCAUGAGCAUGAGCAGGAGAACGAGUUGCGGGAACAGAUGUCAGGUUAUAAGCGGAUGCGGCGCCAGCACCAGAAGCAGCUGAUCGCCCUGGAGAACAAGCUGAAGGCUGAGAUGGACGAGCACCGCCUCAAGCUACAGAAGGAGGUGGAGACGCAUGCCAACAACUCGUCCAUCGAGCUGGAGAAGCUGGCCAAGAAGCAAGUGGCUAUCAUAGAAAAGGAGGCAAAGGUAGCUGCAGCAGAUGAGAAGAAGUUCCAGCAACAGAUCUUGGCCCAGCAGAAGAAAGAUUUGACAACUUUCUUAGAAAGUCAGAAGAAGCAGUAUAAGAUUUGUAAGGAAAAAAUAAAAGAGGAAAUGAAUGAGGACCAUAGCACACCCAAGAAAGAGAAGCAAGAGCGGAUCUCCAAACAUAAAGAGAACUUGCAGCACACACAGGCUGAAGAGGAAGCCCACCUUCUCACUCAACAGAGACUGUACUACGACAAAAAUUGUCGUUUCUUCAAGCGGAAAAUAAUGAUCAAGCGGCACGAGGUGGAGCAGCAGAACAUUCGGGAGGAACUAAAUAAAAAGAGGACCCAGAAGGAGAUGGAGCAUGCCAUGCUAAUCCGGCACGACGAGUCCACCCGAGAGCUAGAGUACAGGCAGCUGCACACGUUACAGAAGCUACGCAUGGAUCUGAUCCGUUUACAGCACCAGACUGAACUGGAAAACCAGCUGGAGUACAAUAAGAGGCGAGAAAGAGAACUGCACAGAAAGCAUGUCAUGGAACUUCGGCAACAGCCAAAAAACUUAAAGGCCAUGGAAAUGCAAAUUAAAAAACAGUUUCAGGACACUUGCAAAGUACAGACCAAACAGUAUAAAGCACUCAAGAAUCACCAGUUGGAAGUUACUCCAAAGAAUGAGCACAAAACAAUCUUAAAGACACUGAAAGAUGAGCAGACAAGAAAACUUGCCAUUUUGGCAGAGCAGUAUGAACAGAGUAUAAAUGAAAUGAUGGCCUCUCAAGCGUUACGGCUAGAUGAGGCUCAAGAAGCAGAAUGCCAGGCCUUGAGGCUACAGCUCCAGCAGGAAAUGGAGCUGCUCAACGCCUACCAGAGCAAAAUCAAGAUGCAAACAGAGGCACAACAUGAACGUGAGCUCCAGAAGCUAGAGCAGAGAGUGUCUCUGCGCAGAGCACACCUUGAGCAGAAGAUUGAAGAGGAGCUGGCUGCCCUUCAGAAGGAACGCAGCGAGAGAAUAAAGAACCUAUUGGAAAGGCAAGAGCGAGAGAUUGAAACUUUUGACAUGGAGAGCCUCAGAAUGGGAUUUGGGAAUUUGGUUACAUUAGAUUUUCCUAAGGAGGACUAUAGAUGAGAUUAAAUUUUUUGCCAUUUACAAAAAAAAAAAAAAAAGAAAACAGAAAAAAAUUCAGACCCUGCAAAACCACAUUCCCCAUUUUAACGGGCGUUGCUCUCACUCUCUCUCUCUCUUACUCUUACUGACAUCGUGUCGGACUAGUGCCUGUUUAUUCUUACUCCAUCAGGGGCCCCCUUCCUCCCCCCGUGUCAACUUUCAGUGCUGGCCAAAACCUGGCCGUCUCUUCUAUUCAUAGUACACGUCACAGUAUUGAUGUGAUUCAAAAUGUUUCAGUGAAAACUUUGGAGACAGUUUUAACAAAACCAAUAAACCAACAACAAAAAAAGUGGAUGUAUAUUGCUUUAAGCAAUCACUCAUUACCACCAAUCUGUGAAAGUAAAGCAAAAAAUAAUAAUAAUAAAUGCCAAGGGGGAGAGAGACACAAUAUCCGCAGCCUUACACCUUAACUAGCUGCUGCAUUAUUUUAUUUUAUUUUAUUUUUUUGGUAUUUAUUCAUCAGGAAUAAAAAAAACAAAGUUUUAUUAAAGAUUGAAAAUUUGAUACAUUUUACAGAAACUAAUUGUGAUGUACAUAUCAGUGGUGACAUAUUAUUACUUUUUUGGGGAUGGGGGGUGGGUGGGGUGAAGAGAUCUUGUGAUUUUUAAGAACCUGCUGGCAAGAGUUUAACUUGUCUUCAGCAUAUUCUGAUUGUAUCAUAAUCAUUUUCUGCUGUUGCAGAGGAUGUGAAUACACUUAAGGAGCUCACAGAAUCCCAGUAGCACAAAUUGGGCUUUGGCAAAUCGUGUAUUUUGUGUAUAGAAGGAAUUUAAGGAGAGGUAUUACUUAUUUUCAUAUUGUAUUUUAACUGUUUCUCUGAUCAAAUUUUUUUACUUCCUCCUCCUGUUCCUCCCCACCUCCCUCCUUUUCCAAUUCAGUAUUUGGAGUUCAACACUGUCUCUCAAUCAGAUCAUCUUGAUCUUUUUCUUUAUCUCCCUUCCCCUUCCUAAGUCCCAUUUCUUGGUCAUAAAUAUUGCAUUAUUCACACUUUCAAACUGUGUAUUUUCUUACAAUAAAAAAUGAUGAGAAAAAAAAAGGCUUUACUUCUUUUGCAUGCACUUUAAAAACAAAACAAAACAUUUUUCAGGUUCCAAGGAAGAGCAUGAUAACUGUCAGAGCUUUUAAUUAUAUUUGUAAAUAAAAGUGUUCAUCACAUC